GGGCGGGUGGGGCUCCGAGGUCGGGGGCCAGAAGCCAGAUUCCUUUGCCCCCAGGUCGCCCACCUCCAGCGGCAGUCAAACGGCCGUUGAAAAAGGGCUGGCGGCCGCUGAGCAACUGCCGCGAACUCUACAGCGAGCCCUAAACCCUGCCCUUCUCUCCGCACUGCAUCUCCGUGGCGACGCGCUACGAAGUGCGACUGCGCGAGGAUGACGGAGCGCGGGCUAGAGGGAGAGGGUGUUUUGGUUCCAGCCGCUCGCCGUCCUUACCAGACUUGGUCGUCGGAAAGCUUCGGGUUCCUGUCUCCCCUUCCCCUUCCCCUUCCCUUUCCCGCCCCGGUCCUCCCUCCCUCCCUCCUUCCCUUCUGCUUGCCUCCGUUUUUUUCUACUGCCUCCCGGGGUCCGGGCCAUUUUCCGGACCGGGCGCACUACGGUGCGCGGCUCCGGGGCCCAGUAUAUGACCUGCCGUCUUGCUCCCGCUCGCUUCCCCCGCCCCAUGUGGCUGCGGGGCCGCGGCGGCGCUGCCCACUAUGGCCCGGAAAGCAGUUAGCAGGAAGCGGAAAGCACCCGCCUCGCCGGGAGCUGGGAGCGACGCUCAGGGCCCACAGUUUGGCUGGGAUCACUCACUUCACAAAAGGAAAAGACUCCCCCCAGUGAAGAGAUCCUUAGUGCACUACCUGAAGAACCGAGAAGUCAGGCUACAGAAUGAAACCAACUACUCUCGAGUGUUGCAUGCUUAUGCAGCACAGCAACUUCCCAGCCUCCUGAAGGAGAGAGAGUUUCACCUGGGGACCCUUAAUAAAGUGUUUGCAUCUCAGUGGCUGAAUCAUAGGCAAGUGGUGUGUGGCACAAAAUGCAAUACGCUGUUUGUAGUGGAUGUCCAGACAAGCCAGAUCACCAAGAUCCCCAUUCUGAAGGACCGGGAGCCUGGCGGUGUGACACAGCAGGGCUGUGGUAUCCAUGCUAUCGAGCUGAAUCCCUCUAGAACACUGUUAGCCACCGGAGGAGACAACCCCAACAGCCUUGCCAUCUACCGGCUGCCUACACUAGAUCCUGUGUGUGUGGGAGAUGAUGGACACAAGGACUGGAUCUUUUCCAUUGCAUGGAUCAGUGACACUAUGGCGGUAUCUGGCUCACGCGAUGGUUCUAUGGGACUCUGGGAGGUGACAGAUGAUGUGUUGACCAAAAGUGACGCAAGGCACAAUGUGUCACGGGUCCCUGUGUAUGCUCACAUCACUCACAAGGCCUUAAAGGACAUCCCCAAGGAGGACACAAACCCUGACAACUGCAAGGUCCGAGCUCUGGCCUUCAACAACAAGAACAAGGAAUUGGGAGCAGUAUCUCUGGAUGGCUACUUUCAUCUCUGGAAGGCUGAAAAUACACUGUCUAAGCUCCUCUCCACCAAAUUGCCAUAUUGCCGUGAGAAUGUGUGCCUGGCCUAUGGUAGUGAGUGGUCCGUGUAUGCAGUGGGCUCCCAAGCUCAUGUCUCCUUCUUGGAUCCACGGCAGCCAUCAUACAACGUCAAGUCUGUCUGCUCCAGGGAGCGAGGCAGUGGUAUCCGGUCAGUGAGCUUCUAUGAGCACAUCAUCACUGUGGGCACAGGGCAGGGCUCCCUGCUGUUCUAUGACAUCCGAGCUCAGAGGUUCCUGGAAGAGAGGCGCUCAGCUUGUUAUGGGUCCAAGCCCAGACUAGCAGGGGAGAAUCUGAAACUAACGACUGGCAGAGGCUGGCUGAAUCAUGACGAAACCUGGAGGAGUUACUUUUCGGACACUGAUUCCUUCCCCAACGCUGUCUACACGCACUGCUACGACUCGUCCGGAACGAAGCUCUUCGUGGCAGGAGGACCCCUCCCUUCAGGGCUCCAUGGAAACUACGCUGGGCUCUGGAGUUAACGGCAACUAAGUCUCUCCCAGAAUGCACAGAAAUUCACUAACUUCCAUCCUCAGUUUCCAUUUCUUCUUUUGAUUUUUUUCCAGUUGUGUGGGUCCCUCAUAUUUUAGUGGGAACACCAGAGUUUGCCUAUGGUUUAGGCACUUGGCAGGAAGAACCUCUGUACAGAAAUCUAAAGGGUUUUCUUUUUUUUUUUUUUUUCCUUUUUUCCCUUUUGGUAAGCAGAAUUUUACUUUACUAUCUUUUUUCUUUCUGGCUUCUCAACCAGACAUUGUUGUUAAUUCCUGUUUAUAUUUUUUCUUUAAGCGACACACAGUCUCCCCUCUCUGGCUUCUUUAGGUUGACAUAGUCAUUCUCACCCUUACUUCACUCUUGAGAGGUAGGGCUCCUUUAUAAUUAUAUGGUUGCUGUCAGACUUUCUGUGAAAGUUUGGGGGCUCUGUGUGUGUGUGUGUGUGUGAGAACUUGUGUGCCUGCAAGUACCGUUUGUCACUGAAAUUAUCUGGAGUGAGGAUUACUGUAAUUAAAAUAUUUAUAAAAGAAACAACUAUAUUCACAGAGUCCAGCUUUGGGACUAGUUUUUAUCUUGUUUUGUGAAGUCUAACAACACUGAUUAUAGGAAGUAAAAAUAGAAAGGAAAACAAAUCACCGGUAGGAAACCCUUUGAGUUAGAUUGAAAGCUUCCCGGGGACUCAUGCCAGGACUCCAAAGUAAUCCAUCUCCCACCUGCCUUCCCAUCUGUGUGUCCCCCAGGUGAGAACAUUUCUGUGUAUGUGUCACUUCCACUUCAGUUUCCCAUCUGCUUAAAUCAAUGGCCACUCCCCCAAAACAUCAGGGUCUCCAUCCAAGGUGCAGCUCUGGAGGCUACAGAAGCCUUGGUAGGACUUGGUAAAAAGAAUCUCCAUCCAAACCUCCCUCUCCCUCCUCUCAAAUAAGACCUGAUCUGGUUUCUCAGGGGCCUGGAGCUGGGGGCCUCAAGUCUGCUAAAAUUCACAUACUCGGUCCCCUUGGCUUUGGGGAGAAACUUCUUUGCCUUUCUUCUAAUCUCCCCAGUGGGUUUUGCUUUUGUCUUCUAAAUUGGGUUCAGUUCUGGAGGGUGGGGAUGAACAGGGGAUUUAUCUGUGUGUAGUGAGUGCUUCAUGUGUGUGUAAUGUUUGUUUUUCUUCAUACAGUGGAGCCACUCUGUUGGCUCAGCCCUGGGAUGGUGAUGGGGUGGCCUACAGCCAACAGUGGUGUGCAUGUAAAAGCAUCUAUGUGAUUAGUAAUUUGUUCCUCACUUGAACUGUCUGUUUAGUCUGAGGUUUUUAAACUUGCAGGCAACUGACCGUGAUGUCCAGUUACUCCUUGCUUUUUAUGCAUCAUGUUGCAGAUAAUAGCUGUUCCCACCCACAAACUCCUCCACCAUUCUAAACACAUACUCUGCUUCUGUCAGCAGCCCAUUCUGGGGAAAGGAAGUCAUAUUCCUGCACUCUAAUUUCUAAGUUGCUUUCCCAGUUAUCCCCCUCUGCUCUGGGAGUAAGUGGGGAGAUUGAAAAAAAAAGAGCGUCCUUGGUGAUGGGGGCUGGUGGGGAGGGGAGACAGCAGGUCCACCCUAUCUUGCUGUGGUACAAGGCAUACACCACAGGUUCUAGAAUUCUUAUCUUCUAACCUAGAGAAAUAGGUGCUAUAAAACAGGGAAUUAAGCAAAAUGCUGGAUGCUACAGAUCUUUUAAUUGUCUUAAUUUUUUUCUAUUAUUAAACUACAAGCUGUAGAUUUCUUAGUUCUCACAGAACUCAUUUUAAACCUACUUGUAUAAAAAAAUCUUAAGUAGGAUGUUUUGUACUGUUGCCAGACCCUCUUCUGUGAUGGGUAAUGCGUUUGAUUGUUUGAGAUUUUGUUUUUAAAAAUGUGGCACUUGACUUUUUGCCAAGUAAAAAAAAUAAAUAAAUAUUAUUCCAAUGCAAA